UUUUUUGUGAUAAUGAUGGAUUCCAGUUGGGGGUGGCAACUUUCUUCUAUCAGCCCCUCCUCUAGAGCAGACACGGUAGCUCACGCGCACGAUGAGCAUGACGCGCCGACGCUCACGAAACGGGCCCCCGGAAACCCGACGGCAGGAGCCGCCGAAACGCGCAGGGGGCGGCGCCAUGGGCCCCACACUCCACCUCACCCUGUCACCGUCCCGCCGCCCGCCUCCCAUGGGUACAUAUAUACUCCCAAGGCAACAAGCCUGCGAGAGCGGCGGUCGAGUUCCAUGGCGCCCAAGAGAUGGACGUCGCCGUCCGGAAGCAGCAGCAGCAGCGGAAGCGGCUUGUUCGCGCCGCCGAGGCUGCGCGGCGUGCGGAAGCGGCCGUGGGGCCGGUACGCGGCGGAGAUCCGUGACCCCGUGACGAAGGCGCGCGUGUGGCUGGGCACCUUCGACACGCCCGAGCAGGCGGCGCGGGCGUACGACGCCGCCGCGCGCAGGCUCCGCGGGCCCGGCGCCACCACCAACUACCCCGCCGCCGCCGCCACGGAGCCGGAGCCGCCGGUGGCUCCGGCGCCGAGCGGCAGCGGCAGCGCGAGCGGGAGGAGCGCCGUGGCGUACGAGUCCCCCUCCUCCUCCUCCUCGUCGUCGUCCUCGUGCGCCCUGCCGCUGCCGCUGGAGUCGUUGCCGCCGCCGGCGGCGGUCGUGGCGCCGCCCCCGUCGCUGGAACUCAGCCUCGCGCUGCCAGCUUCGGCGGCGGUGGCCGCAAAUACGUACUACCAGCUGUUCUCGGACCCGACGCCGGCGCUGCUGCAGUUCCUGCCGCCGAAGAGCGAGGAGGAGCUGGAGCAGAGCUUCUCCGGGUCGUCGUCGCUGUCGUCGUCGUCGUCCGUGGUGUUCGACGCGGCGCCGGCGUCCGUGGGACUGGCGCUGGACCUCAACCUGGCGCUGGUGCCGGCGGCCGAGACGAUGGUCGUGUGAUUGCCGCUGUCGGCCAGGAGACUAGCUAAUCGAAUGCUUAGUCAAUUAUUAUAGUCGGUUUUAAUUAGUAGCUAAUCGAUCGAGGCAGUCGUUUGAGGUAGGAUACAUAUUUGUGUUUCUGCAGGCGCGUAGUACGUAGCCCCUGGUUUCUUUGUUUCUAGUGACAGAUUUGCAUCUUUUGGAUGGUGCAAGUGAUGCAACAAUGCAACAAAACGGAAAAAAGAAAAAAAAAACGAGGAUUAUUAUGCUCUAGUGGCUCUCGUUUUGUUUCCUCCA